CUUCUUCCGAUUCUCUCUCUUUUUUCUCUCUCUCUCUCCCGCGCGCGCAGACACAAAGAGACAGAGUCACAUACGCAGAAGCAUUCUCAGAGAAGCAAACCGCGGAAACAUGAAUGACCUAGAUUUCAAACAAGACGAAGAAAUCGCGAAAGAUUUCCUCGAAAAUUUUGCUGAUGUGAAUGGCGAAGCUAAAUACAUCGACAUCCUUCAAGAUGUAGCGAAUCGUAAAACAAAGGCCAUCCAGAUCGAGCUCGAAGACUUGCUCAAUUAUAAAGACUUGGAUGAGGAAUUUCUGAGGCGAGUGACUGAAAAUACGCGGAGGUACAUAGGAAUAUUUGCUAAUGCGAUUGAUAGGCUAAUGCCGGAGCCAACGGAGGUGCUUCUGGAUGAUGAAAAUGAUAUUUUAAUGACUCAGAGGGCGGAGGAAUCAACUGAAAAUGCUGGCGGUUCUGAUCCGCAGAGGAGGAUGCCUCCCGAGAUUAAGAGAUUAUAUGAAGUUUAUAUCAAAGCAUCUCCAAAAGGGCGGCCUUACACACUUAGGGAGGUCAAAGCUUCAAAUAUCGGGCAGCUUGUGAGGAUAUCUGGCAUUGUGACACGUUGCUCAGACGUCAAACCGCUGAUGCAGGUUGCUGUCUAUACAUGUGAAGAGUGUGGAUUUGAAAUCUAUCAGGAGGUAACUGCUCGGAUAUAUAUGCCCCUAUUUGAUUGCCCAUCGGAACAAUGUAGAGUAAAUCAUGCUAAAGGGAACCUCAUUGCCCAACUUAGAGCGUCUAAGUUUUUGAAGUUUCAGGAGGCUAAACUUCAAGAACUAGCUGAACAUGUUCCCAAAGGUCACAUUCCUCGAGCAAUGACUGUUCAUUUCAGGGGAGAGCUCACAAGGAAGGUGUCUCCUGGCGACAUUGUUGAUGUGUCGGGGAUAUUUCUUCCAAUGCCAUACACUGGAUUUAGGGCUAUGAGAGCUGGCUUAAUCGCAGACACGUACUUGGAAGCCAUGUCUGUCACCCAUUUCAAGAAGAAAUAUGAACAAUAUGAACUUAGAGACGACGAGGAAGAGCAAAUUGCUCGCUUAGCCGAGGAUGGUGAUAUCUACAACAAAUUGUCACGCUCAUUGGCCCCAGAAAUUUUUGGGCAUGAAGAUGUGAAGAAGGCCCUUCUUCUCCUCCUAGUUGGUGCUCCUCACCGAAAGUUAAAGGAUGGAAUGAAGAUUAGAGGAGACCUACACGUAUGUCUGAUGGGUGAUCCAGGAGUUGCAAAAAGUCAACUUCUCAAACACAUAAUUAACGUUGCACCACGAGGUGUGUAUACGACUGGGAAAGGAAGUAGUGGAGUUGGUCUGACUGCAGCUGUUCAAAAGGAUCCGGUGACAAACGAGAUGGUCUUGGAAGGAGGAGCUCUAGUACUGGCGGAUAUGGGCAUAUGUGCAAUCGAUGAGUUUGACAAAAUGGACGAAUCAGAUCGCACGUCAAUACAUGAAGUAAUGGAGCAGCAAACUGUUAGCAUUGCUAAAGCUGGCAUCACCACUUCUUUGAAUGCACGGACUGCUAUACUUGCCGCCGCUAAUCCAGCCUGGGGGAGAUAUGAUCUAAGGAGAACACCGGCUGAGAAUAUUAAUCUGCCACCUGCUCUUCUCUCAAGGUUUGAUCUCCUGUGGUUGAUUCUCGACCGAGCAGAUAUGGAUACUGAUCUUGAAAUGGCUCGCCAUGUGCUCCAUGUCCACCAGAUGAAGGAAUCUCCAGACCUCGGGUUUACUCCACUUGAACCUUCUGUUCUUAGGGCGUAUAUUUCUGCUGCAAGAAAACUGUCUCCUGUUGUUCCAAGGGAGCUGGAGGAAUAUAUUGCAAGUGCGUAUUCUAGUAUACGGCAGGAAGAGGCGAAAUCAAAUGCCCCUCACUCUUACACAACAGUCAGAACUCUACUUAGCAUUCUUAGGAUAUCGGCUGCUUUGGCAAGACUCAGAUUCUCCCACCACGUUGCUCAGAGUGACGUGGACGAGUCACUUAGGUUAAUGCAAAUGUCCAAGUUCUCACUGUACUCUGACGACCGUCAUAAGUCUGGUCUCGACGCAAUUUCUGAUAUUUAUUCAAUCCUACGUGACGAAGCUGCAAGAUCCAACAAGGUGGAUGUCAGCUAUGCCCAUGCCCUGAACUGGAUUUCAAGAAAGGGAUACAGUGAAGCCCAGCUGAAAGAGUGCUUGGAGGAAUAUGCAGCCUUAAACGUGUGGCAGAUCCAUCCAAAUACGUUCGACAUCCGUUUCAUCGAUGCUUAAGACUAAGUUUAACAUUAUCACUGUUAGAAUGUCGAAUGUGACAACUUAAGACAAAUGAUUUGUUUAGAUGUUUUUAACAAACGUCUUAGGCUCGGUUAAAAGCCCCAGUUGUAUACUUACUGGUAUGGAUUGAGCAGAGCUUGUUUCUUAUAUAAACCAAUAUUUAUGAAGGAUUUUCUCAUGUCAUGUUAUAAAACAAAAGAAAAGCUUCUAUU